AAUACAAGGUGAUCUGCGGCGAGAUGGCCAUCCUAUUCUCCGACUCCACCACCCACCAUGCAGCGCCGGAGCCAGGCUCCUCUCCUCGAGACCCCGGCGGCGGACGAAUUGAAGGAUAUGCCUGGGCUGACGACGCCGUCCUCCACCACCCUCGCAGCAGACGUGAGAGUAAGCAAGCAUCGAGGCCGACGCCGCUGCUGGUCGCGUUUAAUUUGUGUCUCCGUCUGGUUGGUCUAUGCGGUGGUUUCUCCCCAGAAUCCUUCCACCGGCCUUUGGCCUCUGGUUCAUGGCGGCAAGGGGCGGGGCAAUCAUUUUCUGUCAGAAGUCAGAAGUGCAGCUAUGGUUGUGAAUCAAAAACACGCCUCGCAUCCAGUCUGUCCGCUUGCUCAGCUCGCUUUAUCUUUCUGGCGGAACAUGUGGGAGCCGAGUGACUACCAUCAAAGCCUGUAGCAUAUAAUUAAGCUUCAUCCAUUGGUGGUGGGUGGCGGUACGGUGCAUUCACUUCAAUUCUGCGUACAAAAUACUAAAACCUAUUUGCUAUUGGUGAAUGUGGCGGUGAAAUGCAUGAGAAGACCAAACAAAGUCUACUGGUAGAU